AGCCGACGUCCCUCCCUGUCUGUUAUGUAAUUGUCUUUUGAGUCAAAUCUCAUAUAAUGGAGAAUAACAUGUGGCACCUAAACUGGGUUUGCAGAUGUUUGUUAGGUGUCUAGAAGUUGUAGACAGAGAAGCUUACAGUUGGCAAUUUUUGACUAACAUCUAGUCUCUGUCAAGCAGCAAAACAUAUAGUUUACUGAAAAUUUAUUUCAAGCAAAUCAUGGCUUCCCGAGAUCUGUUUUUUCAGUCUUUCCUUCUAUUCAUCCUCUUCUCGUUUUGUGUCUCCGACGACACACUUCAGGCAACCCAAAUGAUCAAAGAUGGCAACUUCUUGAUCUCUAAGGAAAAUACUUUCGCUUUAGGAUUUUUCAGCCCCGGCAGUUCUAGCUAUAGGUAUCUCGGAAUUUGGUUCCAUAAAAUACCGGAACAAACUGUGGUGUGGGUAGCAAACAGGAACUUUCCAAUCCAUGGCUUCUCAGGCAUUCUCUCAAUUAAUCCACAUGGAAACCUCGCUAUCCAUGCUGAUCAUGAACAAAAAUUGCAGGUAUGGUCGACCAAUGUUUCAGUGGAAGCAACAGAGAGUUGUACGGCUCAGCUGUUGGAUUCAGGGAAUCUGGUUUUGGUCCAGGGUAGAAGCAAAAGAAUUGUGUGGCAAAGUUUUGAUUAUCCGACAGAUACCAUAAUAAAAGGAAUGAAAUUGGGGAUAAACUGGAGACAAGGUUUGGACUGGUCCCUAACCUCAUGGAGAUCAGCAGAUGACCCAGGAACAGGGAACUACUCGGCUAAGGUUGAAACAAGUGGCUCACCACAGUACUUUAUAUAUAACGGUGAUAAGCGUCGUUGGCGAAGUGUCUCAUGGCCAUGGCCAUGGAAAACGUUACCGAAUUUGUCCAACUACAGUUUUGUUAACAAUCAAGACGAGAUAUAUUUUACCUUUUCUGGAGAUUUAAAUUCUAGUAUAGUGAGAAUCAGGAUGGAUUACUCAGGAUUGAUCAAGUGGAGCAUAUGGCAUGAAGGUGACGGCCAAUGGAAGGAGUUCUGGUCGGCACCCAAGUCUCUUUGUGAUUUUUAUGGAUACUGUGGUGCUUACAGUAACUGUUAUCUUAGCAAUGGUCUCACUUUUGAAUGCUCCUGUUUACCUGGUUAUGAACCCAAGUCCCCAAGGGACUGGCGUCUAAGAGACGGCUCAGGUGGGUGUGUAAGGAAGCGACUUGAAUCUUCGUCACUGUGUGGGAAUGGAGAAGGGUUUGUGAAAGUGGAACAUGUUAAGCUUCCUGAUAGUUCUGCAGCAGUUUGGGUGGACAUGAGUAUGAGUCGGUCGGAUUGUGAACAAGAAUGUAAGAGAAAUUGCUCCUGUGCUGCAUAUGCAAGCAUACCAAUUGCUGGGAAAGGGAUGGGUUGUCUGGCUUGGUAUGGAGCAUUAAUAGAUACAAUAAAUUUUGAGGAUCAAAGCAAGAAUGAUCUGUAUGUUCGUGUUGAUGCUCUUGAAUUAGCUGAGCUUGCAAGGAGCUCAAAAGGAUUUCUUGAAACAAAGGGGAUGGUAGCCAUUUUGGUAUUUUCUUCUGUUUCAGCAUGGUUUGUCAUAAGCAUAUUUGUUUAUUUGUGGCUCUAUAACAGGAGAAAAGGGACAACGAGGGAGACAAGGAACAAAAGAUUAGUAUAUUCCAUUGACACAUUGCCGGAAGAUGGGCUUAGUGGAAUUGAAAGUCAUCCACACUUGGAAUUCUUUUGUUUCAGUGCUAUACUUCAUGCCACUAACAAUUUCUCCCCAGCUAACAUUCUUGGACAGGGUGGUUUUGGCCCAGUUUAUAAGGGUCUGCUGCCUAAUGGGCAAGAGGUUGCUGUAAAAAGAUUAUCUAAAAAUUCCAGACAAGGAGUAGAAGAAUUUAAAAAUGAAGUUAUGUUGAUCGCCAAGCUUCAACACAGGAAUCUUGUUAAACUUCUUGGAUGCUGCAUUGAGAAAGAAGAACAGAUGUUAGUUUAUGAAUACUUGCCAAACAAAAGUUUGGACUCAUUUCUUUUUGAUGAAACAAGGAGUUUUCUUUUGGAUUGGAAAAAACGCUUCAAUAUUAUCAUUGGCAUUGCUCGUGGUAUAUUAUAUCUUCAUCAAGACUCGAGUUUAAGAAUUAUUCAUAGAGAUUUAAAAUGCAGCAACAUUCUACUAGAUGGUGACAUGAAUCCAAAAAUUUCUGAUUUUGGGAUGGCCAGAACAUUCAUAAAUGACCAACUUCAUGACAAGACAAAUCGAGUUGUGGGAACUUACGGUUAUAUGUCACCAGAGUAUGCUGUAUUUGGAAAAUUUUCAAUAAAAUCUGAUGUAUUUAGUUUUGGAGUUAUCUUGUUGGAGAUUAUAAGUGGCAAGAAGAGUAAUGGUUUCAAUGUGGAGGAUGCUUCACUAAGCUUGAUAGGACAUGUCUGGGAAUUAUGGAGUGAAGACAAGGCAUUAGAACUCGUAGAUUCAUCGUUAAAGGAUUCAUAUGUUACAAAUGAAGUGUUGAGAUGCAUUCAAAUCGGACUCUUAUGUGUGCAAGAAGAUGCUAUAGACAGACCAACCAUGUUAGUAGUUGUUCUCAUGUUGAACAGUGAGAUGGCUCUUCCUUCGCCAAAACAACCUGCAUUUAUAUUUAGAAAAUCCAUUAACAAUUCUAACUCAACUGUUGGAGAAGAAGGAUCAUGUUCUGUAAAUGAAUUGACAAUUACAGGAGUAACUGCCAUUAACAAUCUCUUCCCAGUGAGAUUGGAAAAGUGUUGACUGUCCAAAACCCGACAUCAAACCAUGGAUGCUAAAAGACUCUUCUUGCAUCCUUUGCUCAUGGUCCAUCAUCUAUUCAUCUUAUGUUCUUCGUCAGUUGACACCAUUGCCAGAAACCAAACCAUCAAAGAAGGCCAGCUUCUAAUCUCUAAAGAAAAUCAUUUCGCUUUAGGAUUUUUUAGCCCUGGCAGUUCCAGACACAGAUAUCUUGGAAUAUGGUUCCAUAAAAUACCAGAACAAACAGUUGUGUGGGUGGCAAACAGGAACAAUCCAAUCACUGGUUCCUCAGGAGUUCUCUCAGUUAACGAUAAUGGAGAUCUCGUUCUCUAUGGUGAUCAUGAACAAAUCUUUCCAGUAUGGUCUGCAAAUGUUUCUGUGGAAGUAGCAGAUGGUUGUGAAGCUCAGCUUUUAGACACUGGGAAUUUGAUUUUAUUCCAGGGAACAAGAAGAAACAAAAGAAUUCUGUGGCAAAGCUUUGAUUAUCCCACAAACACACUUCUACAAGGAAUGAAAAUUGGUCUGAACAAGAAAACAGGUUUUGAAUGGUUCCUAACUUCUUGGAAAUCACCACAUGAUCCAGCUACUGGGAACUAUUCAUUUAAGCUCAACCCAAGUGGCUCACCAGAGUUUUAUCUAUACAAGGGUGGCAACCAGUAUUGGAGAAGCAUCCCAUGGCCUUGGAGAACUAAUGCAGAUGCCUACAAUAACAGUUUUAUUAACAAUCUUGAAGACAAAUACUAUACGUUCUCUGUUGACUACUCUUCUGUUAUCAUAAGAUUAGUAAUGGAGGAUUCAGGAUCGCUCAAGCGGCUAACUUGGCAUGAAAACGACAGCCAAUGGAAAGAGUACUGGUCUGCACCUAAGCACAAGUGUGACUCUUUUGGGCAAUGUGGUCCUUACAGUUUGUGUGAUCCUUAUAAUUUUACUAACUAUGAGUGUGCUUGUUUACCUGGCUAUGAGCCCAAGUUCCCAUGGGACUGGCGUCUAAGAGAUGGCUCAGGUGGGUGCGUCAGGAAGCGACUGAAAUCUUCCUCAGUUUGUGGACAUGAAGAAGGGUUUGUGAAACUGUCAAAUGUUAAGACUCCUGUUGCUUCAGCAGCUGUCUGGGUGGAUAUGAGUAUGAGUCGGAUGAACUGCGAAAAAAACUGCAAGAACAAUUGUUCUUGCUCUGCAUAUGCAAGUAUACCAAUUGCUGGGAAAGGAACUGGUUGUUUAGCAUGGUACGGCGAGUUAAUGGACACAAUAGACCAUACAUAUUAUGGAUAUGAUCUCUAUGUUCGUGUAGAUGCUAUGGAAUUAGCUGAAAGAGCAAAAAAAUCAUACCCUUCUCUUAAAAUGAAGGGAAGGCUGCCCAUUUUUGUACUGUCUAUUGCUCCUGUAUGGUUUUUCCUUACAAUAUUCACCUGUUUGUGGCUGAAGAGAAGAGUGAAGAAAAGGAGCAGAAAAUCAGUUGAUUCAGUCUCUGGUUGCAAAGAUAUUUUUACUACAAACGAGCUACUGGACAGUAAUAAGCAUCAAGAUUUGGCCUUUUUAAGUCUCAACACCAUAUUAGUUGCCACUAACAAUUUAUCUUCAGCUAAUAAAAUAGGACAAGGUGGUUUUGGCUCUGUUUAUAAGGGUCGGCUAAGUAAUGGACAGGACAUAGCUGUAAAAAGACUAUCUAAAAAUUCAGGGCAAGGAAAAGAAGAGUUUAAAAAUGAAGUUAUGUUAAUUGCUAAACUUCAACAUCGGAAUCUUGUGAAACUAUUAGGAUGUUGCAUUCAGGGAGAAGAACGGAUUUUAAUUUAUGAAUACUUGCCGAAUGGAAGCUUAGACUUGUUUCUUUUUGAUCAGGUAAGAAAGUCAUACUUGAAUUGGAAUAAACGCUUUAGUAUUAUUGUUGGUAUUGCUCGUGGAAUUUUGUAUCUUCAUGAAGACUCGAGGCUCAGAGUUAUUCAUAGGGAUUUAAAAGGUAGCAAUAUCCUUUUAGAUGCGGAGAUGAACCCAAAAAUUUCAGAUUUUGGAUUGGCGAAAGUACUCAAAGGUGACCAGACUCAAUGCAAGACAAGCAGAGUUGUUGGGACUUAUGGCUAUAUGUCACCCGAGUAUGCAAUAUUCGGAAGAUUUUCUAUCAAGUCAGAUGUCUUUAGUUUUGGAGUUGUAUUACUAGAGAUUGUAAGUGGCAAGAAAAACAAUGGUUUCACUCAGGAUGUUUCUCAGAGCUUGAUAGGACAUGUGUGGGAGCUAUGGAGAGAAGACAGACCACUGGAGACUGUUGAUUGGUCAUUGAAAGAUUCAUACAAUCUUGAUGAAGCUUUGAGAUGCAUUCAUGUGGGACUCUUGUGUGUUCAAGAAAAUGCAUUGGACAGACCAACUAUGUUACAAGUUGUUCUAAUGCUGAGUAGUGAGAUUGCUCUUCCUUCUCCUAAACAGCCUGCCUUCAUCUUCAGAAAAUCUUGCAGCAAUUCUAAUUCUUCAGUAGUAGGGGAAGAUGGAUCUGCAUGUUCUAUUAAUGAUGUGACGAUUACAGCAGUUACCACUCGCUAAUUUCAAUUUAUAAAAGAUUUAUUAUUGGUUAGUGCA